GUCCGGUCAUGUGACCGAGCACCGAACGCGGAAGAGGAAGCGAAAGCGUUUACCGUCACCGUAAACAUGACAGAAGCGAAACCUACAAAGUGAGUUGACGGUUUAAGAUCACCGGUUUUAAGUUAAAUUAUAGCGCAGAAACUCGUCGAAAUUCGCUUUGUUUUGGGCCUGUGACUCGGAUGCGGCAGUGAUGGCAGUGAAUGUGUUGUCGGUCCUCCUGCUGAUGUGGGUUUGCUCGCAGGUCGACGGUCAGGAGGCGGUUCUGCACGUGUCUAAUGGAUCUACAGUCAGAGAAUACUGUCUACUGUACAACUCAACCUGGAGCAACAUCUCAGACAGCCUCAGCCAAGCUGUGUCCUAUCCGCUGCGGAGCCUGAUGUCCAGUCAGCUGUGUGUGAAGGGUCAGCAGGUGUCUCUGGAGGGUCAGGCUGUGGUGGUGAUGCGAGGCGGCUGUGACUUCAGUCAGAAGGCUCUGGUGGCUCAGGAUCUGGGUGCGUCUGUGCUUCUGAUCGCCAGCGUCAAUAAUCUGGUGACUCCGUCAGCGAACAACUCUGAGCUCAGUAAAGUGAAGAUUCCUCUGGCCCUCGUCAGACACCGGGAUGUUCUGGACGCGCUGCAGGUGUUUCCUCAGGGGAUGGAGGUGAAGUUAUACGCUCCUCCUUUUCCUCCGUUUGACGCCAGCAUCGUCGUCAUGCUGCUGAUCGCUGUGUUCACGGUGACGAUGGGCGGCUUCUGGAGCGGCGCGGCCGAGCGGCUGAAGCAGGCCGCGGGGCCGGAGUGUGACUCGACUGAUGGACGCUCUGACAGCAGUGAGCUCUCGCUCUAUUCUCCUCUGAAGGUGCUGCUGUUUGUGGCCAUGAUGUGUGUGAUGCUGGUGCUCAUGUACUUCUUCUACCGCUGGCUGGUUUAUGUGAUUAUCGUCAUAUUCUGCUUGGCAUCAGCCUCGGCGCUCUAUAACUGUCUGGAUUCACUGAUGACGGCGCUGGGCUGCAGCACGCUCAGUGUGUCCUGCGGAGAGAGAAGCGUUUCUGUGCGUUCACUGCUGAUCGCCGCCGUCUGCAUCACACUGUCUGUCAUCUGGGGAGUGUACAGGAACGAUGACAGGUGGAUCUGGAUUCUUCAGGAUCUGCUGGGAAUCGCGUUCUGCCUGAACUUCUUGAAAACCAUCAGCCUGUCCAACUUUAAGAUCUGCGUGAUUCUGCUCAGUCUGCUGCUGAUCUACGACGUCUUCUUCGUCUUCAUCACGCCGUUCCUGACGCCGAACGGAGAGAGCAUCAUGGUGCAGGUGGCUCUGGGCCCCGGCGCUGGAGGGAAGGGUGACGCGAUGGAGGUUCCAGGCGACAACUCAUCCUCCAACGAGAAAUUGCCGGUAGUGAUGCGUAUCCCACAGUUCUCUGCGCUCGCUCAGAAUCUGUGUAUGAUGCAGUUCUCCAUUCUGGGAUACGGUGACAUCAUCAUACCAGGUCUGCUGGUGGCGUACUGCCACAGGUUUGACGUGUGGAUGGGAAACUCCAGAAGAAUCUACUUCAUCUCCUGCGUCAUCGCGUACACCGUGGGUCUGGUGCUGACGUUCGCUGUGAUGCUGCUGUCUAAGAUGGGUCAGCCGGCGCUGCUCUACCUGGUUCCCUGUACACUCCUGACCAGCACCGUCCUCGCCUGCAUCCGCAAGGAGUUCAAACACUUCUGGAGCGGCUCCGGAACCUACCAGGUCCUGGAGGAGUCUAGGAAGCCCUUGUUAUCAGAUGGAGAUGCUGGACACGCCGGAGGAGUGAGGAGCUGCUGAUGUGAAGGGAAAUACGCCAGCUGUAAACCACGCUUCAUGAGGAUCUGAUGGAAAUGUUGUGUGUGUUUCUGAUCAUCAUCAUCAUCACUGGGACACUUUACUAAAAUGAUUCUUUAAGGGGCCUUAAAUAACCAGAUCAACCUGCUGUUUUUUGUCUUUCACUUUUUAUGUGAUAAUUUUAUAACAUUGGGAAUAUUUGACAGAAACUGAAUAUUUUAACACUCUAUCUGUGUAAUCAAAAUAAAUACAAAUCUGGAAACUAAACAGAGGAUGAUAGAUCAUUGCAGAGUCAGAGAGUGUGUUUCAAACACGUCCAGUCGUUCGUGUCGCUUGUUGCCUCUGUUUAGUCAAACCCGAUGACUGAAAGUGGACAUUUCAUUAAAUUAAUUAAAACAGUGGUGUGAUUGCUCUGUUAGUGUGGAUCCUGUGAAUAAACACUGAACUCUGGUGUGCAUCAGAGGAACUCUG